GCAGCAAAAUACUAAACAAUUCGGCAUUCGGUAGAACGUUCGGGUACCGGAGACCCUUUUUACUGAUAACGAGGCAUUACAUCUUAUGUCUUGAUGGUGACAACGCAUCUGCAUUUUGAUUCUUAAUCGAUGACAGAUCUCGAUGUCUAUGGGACAUAGUAAUAACAUCUAUUUACCAUCAAGUGGCCUAUGAGCAAGUUUGUCACCUUUAUUAUUUAAAAAAAGGCAUCUAUAUUGUAAUCGUAUAGAAAGACAGAUGCGAGCAAAUUAUUCCACUCCUAUGUUGUGCGCAUUAAGAAUGACGAAGCCAACUUUUUGGUUCGAAUGUAGUACAUAUAUCCAAACAAAACAGUGGAGACUGGAACGCAGAAGAUUGCAAAUUAUUCCCCUCUUUUAUUGUACACAUUACGAAUGAAGAAGCAAACCGUUUGGUACGAAUGCGGUAGGAAGGGCGACGGAGAAAUUAUGUCAUUCAAUUCCUGCGCACAUUCUCCGAAAUGUAUCAUGUAAAUCAUCAAAAGUGUGCGCUCAAGACUGGCGUGUUAUUUUAUUAUUAUUUUUUAUAGAAAACGUUACCUCCACACUAGGAUUUUCUCCUGUAUUGUGGGGGCAGUUUACAAACACAAAUAGCACAAGGACAAAUAUCCAGACACGGACCAAUUAUUUGUAGGCCAUACAAAUACUUGUUCCGUGCGGGAUUCGAACCCGCGGCCCUUAGCGCAGCAACUCAUUGCUAAGCCACUGCGCCACGGAGUCGUCAACUGUGUGUGGCACUGGUUUAUUAUUUUCAAAGUUAUUUUUGUAACAUCAUAAUAUGUUUGUGUGACGUGUGCGGUGUAGUGGCAUAUUACGUGAUUGUAAAAUACCGCUGCAUUCCGUGAACAACUGUAACUGGUAAAAUUAAAAAUUUGUACAACCAACUUCAAUAUAAAUAAAAUGAGAACAUCAUCAAUGUAGUCGAAGUCAAUUAAAUACACAUUAUUAAGGAUAACUCAAAAACUACAGGUCAGAUCUUGAUCAAAUUUAUAUGGGACCACAUGAGAAGCACCAGUUUUCAAAAUCAAAAAAUCAACAAAAUCGGUUCACCUAGAAAAUAGUUCUGAAGCAAUACACAAAAAAAUACAGUCCUUGAGUCUGUUGAGUAUCUCCUUCUUUUUUGUAGUUGGUUAAAAAGAAGGCAACCAGCAGUGCGAAUGCGUAACUCAGGUGGGAAGUGUGGUUGACUUUGUUUGACGGCAUUUGGUUUGGUUAUUUUGUGUUACAGUAUUGAUCGAUUUUUUUAGAAUAUCUUAUUUUAGGUUACUAAAUGUUAUUAUCAUAACAAAAAAAACAAGAUAGAUAUUGAGUUAUCCCCGGUAUACCAUUCCCUGUACAGUCGCAUUGCCGGGCCUGUCAACCCCAAGGCUUGCGAUACAGUGCCAUGUGAUGUUAUUUUAGUUUUAUAAUAUUAUAAUGACAAACGAGCUAAAAGCUUAGCAGAUACAAAGAAGCUACUGCGACACAGAGAUAUCUGCAAUUAACAUAAAAAAUUAAGGUUAUAGAUGAAAAAAAUCUGUCUGGGUUUUUUUGCUGGUUCUUGCCGUAUAUACUUACUAAGUAUAUUCUUUAUUUUCUCCCAAGAUAGAUUCUUCCGAUACAGUAGUAAAAGUAACAGAUUGAUUUUCAAUUAUUGUUUUAUAAUCGAUGUUAGAUAAAAAAUAUUUUAUUCUAAUGUUCAUCAACAUAACAAAAAAUAAUGUUAUAAUAUAACAUUACAGGGUAAAAUCUACGCCGUGGAGAGAAAUGAGGAACGUUAUCAGACAUUGUGUGACUUCGUAGAGAGAACCGGCUCAAAGUGCGUGGAGACAUUGCACAAGGAUUCUUUAGAUAUAAAAAGAGGAGACUACGAUGAUGUGGAGUACAUCCUUCUGGACCCGAGUUGUUCUGGGUCAGGAAUGGAGCUUUGCGUACACAAUUAUAUUGAGGAUACUCGAUUAGCCAAGCUAACAUCACUGCAAGAAAAAUUUCUUAAACACGCCAUGAAUUCCUUUCCUAAAGCAAAGAGAAUAGUAUACAGCACUUGCUCUUUAUUCCCGGAAGAGAAUGAAAGAGUCAUCACAAACAUAGUUAAAACAUCAAGGGCCAAAUGGAGAGUACAAGACGUAAAAGAACUCUUAAAAGGUCAAUGGAAUAACUUUGGGUCAGGAAUGUACGGUAGCAUAGGUACAAGAUGUAUGUAUGCGAAACCUGAUUCCGACUUUACAACUGGAUUCUUUUUGGCUGUACUGGAUCGAGAUCAGAAAGAAUUGGAAAAGAAAGAAAAAAAUGAAAAUAAUGCAAUAAAUGGAGAAGAAAAGGUAACGAAAAAUAUAACUAAUGCAAAAUAUGCAUCCAUUAGUAGUAAUAAUGACAUUAAAACCAAAAAAAUUAAAUUAGAUGAGCAAACAGCUUUACGCAACAAAACUGAAGACGAAAAUUCAAUUACCCCGAUACAUAAAAGGAAGAAAAGUAGUUCAAAAGAAGUAGACGAUAAUUUGACGACGCAUGUCGAAGAUAAAACCGUUAAAGAAACAAUUGAC